AUGGGAUUGGGCUCUGCUCACGACCCCUGCACCCUAAUUGAAGCUAAGCAAGCAGUCAGGGUGAACACAUCCUUUUACACACUAAAGGCCAUGUCUUCCUUUCAGUAUGACCACCUGGACGCCGACUGGCUGGGGAUGCCCCCACUGCCCUCUCCUCGCUGUCUUUUUGGCCUGGGAGAGGCAGAAAACUCCAUUUUUGUGGUCGGCGGGAAAGAACUGAAAGAGGGAGAGAAGACCUUGGACUCCGUCUUAUGCUACGACCGGCUGUCCUUCAAGUGGGGUGAAGCCGACUCUCUUCCCUAUGCAGUCUACGGUCAUGCUGUGGUAUCGCACAAAGACCUCGUCUAUGUGAUCGGCGGCAAAGGAAGUGACAAGAAGUGUCUGAAGAAGAUGUGUGUCUACAACCCGAAUAAGUUUGAGUGGAAGGAGCUGGCGCCCAUGAAAACUGCCCGUUCCUUGUUCGGAGCCACCGUGCACAAUGACAAAAUCUACGUGGCAGCUGGUGUGACCGACUCUGGCUUAACGAACUCGGUGGAAGUGUACGACAUUGCGUCCAACAAGUGGGAGACCUUCACGGACUUCCCCCAGGAGCGCAGCUCGGUCAGCCUGGUGAGCCUGUCUGGGGUGCUCUACCUGCUCGGGGGAUUCGCCACGGUGGAGACGGAGUCAGGAGAGCUGGUGCCCACUGAGCUGAAUGACGUCUGGAGGUACGACGAAGAACAGAAGAAGUGGGAAGGGGUCCUCCGAGAGAUCCAGUACGCUUCUGGUGCCACCUUCCUUCCCGUGCGCCUCAACGUUUUGCGGCUAACCAAGAUGUAACGAGGCGCAGAUCAUUUUUUUCCAUGGAGCUCUGGGAUAAGUAGGGAGCAGCAGCAAGGCGAGGGGGUUGAGUUCAUGCCUAUCAGCAGAGGAAUGUGGCAGGGAUUCUCUGCACACAGCGUAGGACAUUGCAUCUGUGAUUGAUAUUUACCAUUUUAUCUAGCCAGCCAGGAAAGGAGAAAACUCAUCUUGAAGCUUUAUGGGAGGUGAACCACAGUAUAUCUAGAGGGGAUCUGGAGACUGCAAGGAGCUGGGGAUAGAAUAAUAAACAUGGAGCAAAGACCUUCUCCAGUCUCUGUAAGCAAGACAAAAGUCUGUAUUCUCGUUCCACUUAUUUCUCCAGCUUCUUCUCUCCUUUCUCUAAUGAAUUUUCCCACUUAAAGUAGCUUUAAGUAGUGUUUCCAGACGCCUCCUCUGAGAGGAAGAGGACAACAGAGGCAAAGGCAAGUGGUUCUUGGGGGACUUGGCUUGGAGGGGAUUACAAGACGAAGGAUUCCUGGAGGAUUCGACCUCCAGAUGGAUGAUGGUUGUUGGAGCAAGACAGUAAAAAGAAAAGAGCAUGUGUGCAUGGGUGGGAGAAAUGCCUUGGAUAUGGCAAUGCAAGGGAAAAAAGGUAGCUCCUCUGUCUCCAUCUGGUCUUUGGACUGAGGAGGCGGGCAAUACGAGGCAAUAGAUAGUUGCUGAGGCUGGAGGAUG